AUGUGCGUCAAAAACCGUCUGCGGCAUCUUGGGUGCCAUAAGAAGCUUGAUGCGUUACUUUGGGGAACGUUAGCAAGGAAACAGGCACCAACAACUUCUAAGACUGACAUUCACCAAAAAAAGGUAUUGUUAUCAUUUUGGUGGGAUUACAAAGGCAUAGUCAACUUUGAGCUGCUGCCACGAUGUCAGACCAUAAAUUCAGAGGUUUACAUUCGACAAUUGACAAAUUUAAAUGAUACCAUCCAAGAAAAACGACCGGAACUAGCCAAUAGCAAAGGAAUUGUCUUUCACCACCAUAAUGCCAGGCCCUCCCCAUCUUUAGCCACUGGACAAAAACUACUGGAGCUAGGCUGGAAUGUUUUGCUGCACCCUCCAUAUAGUCCCAAACUAGCUCCAAAUAAUUAUCAUUUUUUCCGAUUCCUAAAAAAUUUUUUAAACGGACAAAAAUUCCAAAACGACAAUGAGGUCAAAACUGCAUUGGAGCAGUUUUUUGCUCCUAAAACUAAAGAGUUGUAUAAAAAAAGGAAAAUGAUACCACCCGAAAAAUGUCAAAAGGUCACUAAUAAUAAUAAACAUAAUAUAAUAGAUAAAAAUAAUUUGACAUAA